CCCACAGCGGCAGCACCGCAGCUGGCUGGGAGCCGCCAGUGCCAGCCCAUGGCUGAGCCUGCCCUUCUCCUCGCUGCCCAGAUGGAGCAGCUGGCCCGGGCACCCCUGGCCUCACCGUGUCCCCGGAUCCCGAGGGCCCGCAUCGCCCGGGGGCACUGUGCCCAGUGCUGGGCCCACCUGGGCUGCAGCUCUGGCCCCUCCUUGGGCCGAAUGAAUCAGCUUCCCCAGAAGAGUCCCCUGCGACCACGCCCUGCCGGCUGCUCCCCGCUGUCGUCUGCGGAGAGCUUGUCCAUGGAUGGCUUUUGGGUGGAGGUGGAGCGGAUCCAACAGAGGGAUGAGCUGAGAGAGGAGGACAGCAGUGACGGCCACCUCCCAGAGGAAGGGGAAGCUGAAUCCCAGUGGCUGCAGGACACAGGCCUGUCGGGUCUCCUUGGUGGCCUGGACUUGGACAGCGAUCAUCGGGAGCUCCUGUCCACCCUGACACAAACCCAGGUGGCCGCUGUGUGCCGCCGGCUGGACAUCUAUACCCGCUCAGCCCGAAGACGACACAAGGCACCUAUCAGAGAUGUCAGGGACAUCUUUGGGGUCUUUAAUUCAGGGGGAGUGUCUUCAGAGAAUGGGGACUCAGGUGUGAAAUGGACCCAGCUCAGUUGCGGGGCUUCCAAGUCUCCUCCAGCAGCAGCAGAGCCCGGGAGGCCACAGGAGCAGGCUGGGCAGGAAGAAGCCUUCGACAUGGACUCUGCCUACUCGGAACAAGCUGCAGCACUCCUGCGGAGGGCCAAGCCAGCCUUGGGUGGCACCCCUGCCUGCGGCAAGGGUUCCCUGCCGAAGUUCCAAAUCCACAAAGGCAGACUUGGCGUGACGAGGAUAGGAGACUUGUCCCUGCAGGAUAUGAAGAAGGUCCCUCCUCUGGCCCUCAUAGAGCUGACGGCGCUCUGUGACGUCCUCGGCUUGGACCUGAAGAGGAGCAAGGCCGGGAAGGGGAAAGCGGCGGAAACUCGCCUCUUCGGUGUGCCCCUCGACAGCCUGCUAGAAGCUGACCACAAAGUCCGGCCCAGUGCACAGGUCCCGCUUGUCCUUCAAGCACUGCUGUCCUGUUUGGAAAAGAGAGGGCUAGACACAGAAGGCAUCCUCAGGGUGCCUGGAUCCCAGGCCAGGGUCAAGGGGCUGGAACAAAGGCUGGAGAGAGACUUCUACACUGGCCUUUUUAGCUGGGAUGAGGUUCAUCACAACGAUGCAUCCGAUUUGCUCAAAAGGUUCAUCCGGAAGCUGCCAGCGCCUCUGCUCACCGCCGAGUACCUCCCGGCCUUCGCGGUGGUGCCCAACAUCCCGGACCUAAAGCAGCGUCUGCAGGCCCUCCACUUGCUCAUCCUCCUCCUCCCGGAACCCAACAGGAAUGCCUUGAAGGCACUCCUGGAAUUCCUCAGGAAGGUGGUGGCCCGGGAACAGCACAACAAGAUGACCCUGUGGAAUGUUUCCACGGUGAUGGCCCCUAAUCUCUUCCUGCACCAAGGGCGGUCGCCCAAGCUGCCCAAGGGCCAGGAGAAGCGCCUGGCAGAGGGGGCGGCGGAGGUGGUGCAGCUGAUGGUGCACUACCAGGACCUGCUGUGGACGGUCGCCUCUUUCUUGGUGGCCCAGGUGCGAAAGCUGAACGACAGCAGCAGCCGGCGCCCCCAGCUCUGCGAUGGGGGCCUCAAGACCUGGCUGCGGAGGAUCCACGCAGACAGGGACAAGACGGGGGACGGCCCGGAGGCGACUCUCAAGGUGGCGAAGAUCCAGGUGGCCUGGCCUACCAAUGACGCGCUGAAGGUGCCUCUGACCCCCAGCACCAGAGUGGCCCACGUCCUGAGGCAGUUCACAGAGCGCAGCAGCCUUGGUUCAAAGGGUCAAGAGGGCAGUGAGGACCCUGACAGCCUCCUCCCACGCCACAGGUCCAUGGAGUCAGCCAACAUCCUCCUCUAUGAAGUUGGAGGAAAUAUAAGUGAGCAUCGCCUGGACCCAGAUGCCUACCUCCUAGAUCUGUACCGCGCCAACCCCCACGGCGAGUGGGUCAUUAAACAGAGCCCCACCUAAGCCCCGGGUCUCUAAGGAGCAGCCCUGGAUGUGUCACCCUCGCCACUACCGGCUCUGUGACUGUGUGCCCAGCAUGGGAGCAAAACUUUUGAAGGCAAAAGUCUGGGUCUUCCUCCAAGUCAUCCUUCUCUGAGGUGCCACUCAGAUCUGGAAAAGGACUCAGGGCUGGGGCUGUCUCCCCGCUUCAUAGCCACGCAGACAAAGCCGUCCCUCCCGUCCACGCCCCAGCCCUCAGGCAGGUCAGCUCCCACACUAGCUUUGCUGCGUGACAACACCACUCGGUGCACUUGGAUCUCCGUGGGGUUUUGUCCAUGAUUUCUAAACCCAAAGGGAAUGAAAAAAUGCAGCACCUCUAUCAAGAGGCAAUUGGGGUUUUUCCCAGGAAAAAAUGCUUUGAAAGUGGCCCUACAAUGUGUGUUGGCAACAGCAUCAGAGAUGAGUCCAGGAGAGCUCUGUGACCUUGGGCAAGCCCCUUGCCCACUCUGAGUCCUUCAAGGAUGAGGGGGUCAGGCCUCGGAGAAGGGAAGCAGAUGCUGUAGCCAUGGACAGCCCUGGAAGAACUGGGCAGAAGAAAAAUUCCCUUCACAUGCUCACAUUUUAAAUGUUGGUUUGUACUGUCUUGUCAUUUUGUAGUAUAGUAUUUAAAUUGUUUAAACAUUAAAGGCACAGG